GGCUGGACAUAUGGCGAGUCUUCAGUUCCACGGCAACGUUGAUGCGGACACCAGGUACGAUGCGUCGUUGGAUCCUGCGCGGGAGUCGGAAUUGUUCGGCUUGCUGAUGUUCGUGCAGCUGGGGAUGGGCAUGAACCCAGCUCCGAAAUGGCCCAGAUGGUGGCCCCUUUGGCUGCGGCCUGUGGGCGGGCUGCUGGCCAAGGCCUACUGCUCGAUGGUGAUCUUGACGUCGCUCCACUUGGGUCUGCUGUUCACCAAGACCACGCUGGACGUGUUGCCAACGGGCGAGCUGCAGCCCAUCACGGAUGCAUUGACCAUGACCAUCAUUUACUUCUUCACGGGCUACGCGAACAUCUACUGGUGCGUGCGGUCGGAGCGACUGUUGGCCUUCAUGGAGCACAUCAAUAGGGAGUAUCGACAUCACUCGCUCGCUGGCGUGACCUUUGUGAGCAGCCACACGGCCCACAGGUGGUCCCGCAGCUUCACGUCCACCUGGAUCCUGUCCUGCCUGGUGGGUGUGAUCACCUGGGGCGUGUCCCCCCUGAUGCUGGGCAUACGAACCCUUCCCCUGACCUGCUGGUAUCCCUUUGAUGCCCUCGCCCCAGGCACUUAUACGGCAGUGUACGCCACUCAGCUCUUCGGGCAGAUUUCGUGUGGUGUCACGUUCGGCUUUGGCGGAUCCCUGUUUGUCACCCUCUGCCUGCUGCUGCUGGCCCAGUUCGAUGUGCUCUACUGCAGCCUGAAGAACUUGGAUGCCCACGCCAAGCUGCUCUCUGGCGAGACCAUCAGAGGCCUAGGCAUUCUGCAACGAGACCUGCUACAGAGCCCCUCCACACGAGAACUGAAUCAAUAUGCCGUGCUGCAGGAGCAUCCCACAGAUCUGUUAAGGAUCUCCACGGGAGCAGGAUCCCAUCGUCUGGGGCAGGUGAAAGCUUUUCACGGUGCUCUCGUGGAGUGUGUGCGUCUGCAUCGAUUCAUUUUGUACUGCGGCGCGGAGCUGGAGAACCUAUUCAGCCCGUACUGCCUGGUCAAGUCCAUGCAGAUUACUAUCCAGCUUUGUCUGCUGGUUUUCGUGGGAGUGUCCGGAACCCAGGAGAUCCUGCGCAUCGUCAACCAGAUUCAGUACCUGGCCCUGACCCUCUUCGAGCUGCUGAUGUUCACGUAUUGCGGCGAGCUGCUCAGUCGGCACAGCGUGCGAUCCGGGGAGGCUUUUUGGAGAGGCGGAUGGUGGAAGCACGCCCACUUCCUGCGCCAGGAUGUCCUCAUCUUUCUCGUUAACAGCCGUCGGGCGGUGUAUGUCACAGCUGGAAAGUUCUAUGUGAUGGAUGUGAAUCGCCUGAGAUCAGUUGUUACGCAGGCCUUCAGCUUCCUGACUCUACUCCAGAAGUUGGCCGCCAAGAAGGCCAUCACGGAGCCCUAA